AUGGCCCCAACGACUGACGACCAGAACCCUCCAUCCGACAAGAAGGUGGCGGGCCAUCAGCGAGAGCUCAGUCCGUCCAAGGAGGCGGCACAAGAGAAAGCAGUCCACCAGCGCGUCAAACGGCACUUGACAGGCCAGAUCCGAGUCAAUCUUCUCGCCGAAACCGAGCUCCUGAUCCUCACUUUUUGUACCGGUAUCCAAGAUGCCACAACGUUCCCCGACUACCACUGCUUCGCCUCCAAUCAGACAGGAAACACAGUCAUGCUGGCAAUGGCGGUGCUGUUGCCCGAGGUGACCGGCGAACUGUUUGUGACACAAAACAUCGGGGUCGCCCUGGGAUUCUUUCUUGCUGCAGGGUGGGUGACGGGUCAAGUGGGACAUAUAAUAGGGCCACGGUCGCGUCUUUGGAUCGUCUUCUGCAACCUCGUCCAGUCGAUACUUGUCUUCAUCGCCGCUGCCAUUCAGUACGUAUACGGGGUCGAUCUGGAAAGCGGAAGGACUAUGAUUGUCAUCGGACUGCUGGCGUUCGCAGCCGGUAGCCAGGUCGUCCUCUCCAGAGCUCUGGCCAUCACUGAGAUCAGUACAGCCAUGGCAACAGCGGCUUGGGUAGAUCUAUUGGUCGAUCCCAACCUCUUCGCUGCGAAGAAUCGACCUCGAAAUCGCCGAGUCAGCUUCCUCGCCGCCAUUGUAGCGGGAGCCUUCUUCGGCGCAGGCAUCUAUCGGAGUGCGGGCUCGGCAACGGCGGUCUUGCUCUCGGGUGUCGGCAAGCUCAUCGUCGCUCUGAUGUUCUUGUUCAACAAGGCAGAGAAACUACCAGAGGUAGAAACCACGGUGUGA